AUGCACAAUCCCAAUUCAUUUCAGAGCUUAAUAUCUUCCUAAAAUCCUAAAUAAAGAAAGAAAGAAUGGAAAAGGACAAACAAAAUUCUCAGACUGUCAGUCAGUGGUGGAAAGAAGAUUUAGAAGAAGACUAAAAAGAUCUCUUUCUUUUAUUGCUUUUUUGAACUUCCCAUAUGUGAAAGGAGGCUGCUUUCAAUUCAGUGGUGGGAAAACGGUGGCAGUGAAGGAAGAAGCAAAAUACUACUACUAACAGAAAACAACAAAAGGGGUUUCCUAUUCACCAAACCACUGCCGAAACUUCUAUAACAUAAUGGUUAAUCAUAAUCAGGAUGAUGAAUCAUGUACAAAACCCCUUGGAAGGUGUUCAGUGUUUUAUUACGGUGUUGGGCACAUGCUCAACGACAUAACAUCAGCCUGUUGGUUCACUUAUCUCUUAGUUUUUCUGACAGAUAUUGGAUUAUCCCCAAGUGAUGCUGCAGUUGUAAUGCUCUCAGGUCAAGUUGCAGAUGGAUUGACCACUGUAUUUGCUGGUGAACUGAUAGACAGGUUUGGGCAUUUCAAAGUAUGGCAUCUUGCAGGAUCUGUCUUGGUUGGUGUCUCAUUUUCUUCAGUUUUUGGCGGUUGCUUGCCUUGCAAACUAAUUGGUUCCGAUUCGGUUAUGCUGCAAACAAUCGGUUACAGUGUGUUUGCUGCAAUCUUCAAUGUGGGAUGGGCUGCUACUCAAGUAUCACAUAUGUCGAUGGUGAACUGCAUUACACUGAACUCGACGAGCAGAGUAGUUUUAGCUAGUUGUCGCAAUGCUUUUACGAUGAUUGCAAACCUUAGCUUAUACGCAGUUGCUUUUGCCGUGUUCAAUGUCGUCGGAGCAGGGACACCUGCUGCUAUAGAAAAUCAGUAUCGUUGGAUUGCAUAUAUAUCAAUUUUCAUUGGAAGCUGCUUUGUGGGCGUGUUUCAUCUUGGAACCAGAGAGCCAAGGUCUGCACAUGUCUUAUUUUCUCUCUUUUGACUGAAUUUAUUGGCUGCAUUAUUUUCUGGGACUGAUUUUCAAGGAAAUGUAGUUGUUUGCUAUUGUUAGUUUAUAGAUAUAUAUAGUGUAGUCUUGUCCCACAUUGGAAGAGGAGUAAUAUCUCCUUGUAGUGUAUAGCUAUAAAUAGGGACCUCUUGUAUUGUAUUUAUCAUC